AAACGGGUCAACACCCUGAAAUGUCACGUGAUUUACUUUCUGUAAUUUGUUUAAUAUUUUAAAGUGUAAUAUUUAUUUGUAUUAUAAAAUGCUAGUGCGUGGCAUUUUUUUGCAAUUUACCCAGUAAAUAAAAAAAACAUAUAACGUUGAUUGAGCACGAACCUAAUAUUGCGAAAACUGCAUAUCCCAGAGUUCAUUACUUGGACAACAAGCCAGCGUUUAGUCAAGUGUCUGGGAGUUACUCUAGCUUCGAGUGGUAGUUACACGUUAAUAAAAUGAAUUACAAUUUGAAUGUUAAAAUAAAAUAGCAGUAUUGUGGAGUGCAACAAUAAGUAUUAAAUAUUAUACUAGAAUUAGUACGAAAGAAUUGUACUUAAUUACUAAAACAAAUGUGCUUACGGUACUUUCUACCGCAGACGUGUUGGCCAUGCAAAAUUUUAUUUUGAAAUGUUAAAGGAAGUACUGGUGUCAUAUUUGGAUUAGCCUUAAAACACAUCCGGACCGUGUCUGUAGCAAAGAUAGGAGGUUGGUUUUUGUUGUAAUCAUGACAUAGGCAGUUUUUUUCUCACAUAGGAUCCCUACCCGACAGUUCUCAUCAGCCGUGAUGGUGUCACUUGCAAUUUAAAAGCCUUUUAGACGACGUUAGCUAGUUAGCGUUAGCAAGCUAACACGAACGCUAACCUAAGAUAGCAAGCUCGGCUUUUCCCCACUGUCUUUGCUCCAUUUUGACAUGGAUGAUGACUUCCUGCUCGCCAUUCAGCUCCAGGAGCAGUUUGACAACGAAUAUCAAACGUCCUUAUUUUCCUCGGACGGCUUGAACGAUAGCGGCUUCCCUCAGAACAGUAAGAAACGGAAGGUGGAGGUAACAGGAGGGGGCAGCGAUGUUGUUCCCCGCUGGAUGCCCACUGUUCAGCCCGAGAGGCCGCUCUCUAUCGUGGAUGAGACCUGGGAGAUGCUGGACCCCAGUCCCGAUGUCAGGGCCAUGUUUCUGGAGUUUAAUGACACGUUCUUCUGGGGAAAACUCAGCGGGGUUGAGGUGAAGUGGAGCCCCAGAAUGACACUGUGUGCUGGUCUGUGCUCUUACGAGGGUCGAGGUGGACUGUGUUCUAUCAGACUCAGUGAACCUCUGCUGAAGCUUAGACCCAGAAAAGACCUGGUGCAGACUCUCCUCCAUGAGAUGAUCCAUGCACUGCUGUUUGUGACUCAGAACAACAGAGACAGAGAUGGCCACGGACCUGAGUUCUGCAAGCAUAUGAACCGCAUCAACAAAGCCAGUGGGACGAACAUUACUAUCUACCACAGUUUCCACGAUGAGGUUGAUGUGUAUCGACAGCACUGGUGGCGAUGUAAUGGGCCCUGCCAGAGCCGCAAGCCCUACUUUGGAUUCGUAAAGAGGGCCAUGAACCGGGCUCCAUCUUCAUUGGACCCCUGGUGGGGUGACCACCAAAGGACAUGUGGUGGGACAUACACCAAGGUCAAGGAACCUGAAGGAUACAGCAAAAAAAGCCAGAAAGGUGAUCAACAGAAUGGGAAGAACUCAGGGAAGAAAGCCUCAGGGAAUGAGAAGAAGCCAAGUACAACCACAGGUUCUGGCUCACAGGAUAUAAGGAACAUUAUCCCAUUCAGUGGCAAAGGUUUCCUGCUUGGAGGAAAAUCUCAGUCUUCCACGUCGUCCUCCCCGACUCACAAACCUCUGGUGCCUCUGGCGAGUACGUCUUUUUCCAGCCCCAUCUCAUCACCCAAGAAACUCUUCACCCCUUCAUCCCCUGCUAAAGGAAUCACCUCUCCUGUACUCUCUGGCUUGAAUAGAUCGACAGAGAUCAGACCAACAUCUUCAGCUGGGCAGAAAGCGCCUGUAAAGUGGUCUGUUGCUAAUACACGUGUUUUUGUCAAUAUCAAUGGCUCACCUGUGAAAAUCUCUAAACCCCCCAGCAGCAUUUGUCAAGGAAGCGAUAAUAUCAAACAGAGAUCCAUUCAAAAUUUCUUUGGCAGUGCAGACCACAGAAAAUCAUUGAGUGAAUCCUCCAUUUUAAACACAGAGACUAAUAGAGACUCUGUGACAUCGCCAAAGAGCACUGUGAGUGCUACCUCUACUUAUUCUCUAUUUUCGCAACAAAAAAGGUCUUCCUCUCCUAGCACAUUGAACACCAGCAAAACCAGUCAGUCAGCAUAUCCACCUGUACUUCCAGCCAGAGGCAGCCCCGUUGAACCAACACAGUCCAGGUAUUUCACUGAUUCUAACAGUGCUGGUGGUGGUGUAGGCCAGAGGAAGAGAGCACGUGAUGACCACAGCAGCUCGUCCAGCAGCUCUAACUACUUUCAGAGGACAUCAAAUGGUGCCUCGGUAGCAUCAGUAAGCGCAAAAUAUCCAGCACUGCAGCAAAGAACUGCCUCCACCUCCUCAUCCACCUCUACAGCAUCUCCUCAUUCCCCUGCUGCACUGCAAAGUGUCACGUCUUCCUCCUCCUCGUCUGCAUUGAUGGUCAGCUGUCCUGUGUGCCAAGCAAAGGUGCAGGAGUCAAAGAUCAACGAGCAUCUUGAUUCCUGUCUCUCCUGAAGAAGGAGCAGGAUAAACGAACAAGUGCUGCAAUAAAACCAUCUACCAAAAGGUGAAGAGAAGGUUGGAAGAGCGUUCUGGAUGGAUGAUUCGGACAUUUAGUCAGAUUAAAUAGUUUUUUGUGUUUUAUCUGUGUUUUACCUCACUGGUUUUUAACCGUGACCAGGUUUAUCAGGUUUUACAGUUGAUGAAACAAAAUUCAAAUUGCUGGUUGGUACAAGUGUGUAUACAUUUACCAAUAACUAGGCAUUGUUGAUUUGGUGUCACUUUAAAUAUUUUACCAUUGUAUUACUUUGUACAACAUUCAGAUUGAAAAGCUGCUUUUUCUGAGAAAGAAGUUAUUUCUGCCUCAUCGGAGGAUGGAUGAGCUGAGAGUUCUGAGAGCAUAAUGUGCAUCCACUGCCCUUCAGACAGGAGGAGACUCUGCUUGAGGAGUCACAUUUCACCCUUGCACCUAUUUAUCUGUACACACUGCAGCUCUCUGCUGGGUCAGGCAGUGUAACAGUGUCUGAUUGUGCCUUAAUGAUACAGUCAUACUAAUGUGAAUCAGCAGCCAAAGCUGCUGAAGCUUUUACUCAUGUUUGACAUUUGUGUUGCAUUGUCAGAUGUUAAUUUACUACAAAAACUUCAGACCUAUUCAUGUGUAUUUGUAUAUAUUUGUGUUAUACAUGUAUGUGCUGUUUUAAAAGGCAUUGCCAAAACAUGUUCCAGUUCUGUUAACAAAUAAACUAGUUUUACUCUGA